GCUCGCAGCAUCUGCAAGGAAGGCACCAAUUUCUCUGACACCUUCGCGUCGUUUUUGCUCUACCGCUGGGCGAGAAGGCAUCGCGGGCGAAGGGUGGACUGUGGGCGAAGGGUGGACUGUGGAAAGUGUUCUCUACCCUGUCCUAGGAUUUGUCCUGUGUGUUAGUUUUUAUGAUUGCGCUGAUCUUAGUGGCGAGGGCAGCGUGCACAAAAAAAGGAUCAGACGGCAUGCUGAAUUAAUGAACGAAUGGAAGCUUUGCCGAGACCUUGAGGAGCAGAGGCGUGAUUUAAG